UUGGUGUUCUCACUUUCUAGUGCCUGUCUUACCAGUAUGCAAAAGAUUAUGAAUUCGACGCCCCAGUCAAAUUGUUGGACAAACUUUUGCAUGCAAUGGCACAAUCAAUAGACGAGCAGCUAGUUGUUGUUUCUCAGGUGCUUGUUGCUGACAUCAAUAUUGGAUAUGAAGAUAUAGUCAACACUCAGGUUCAUGCCUUCAAUGGAAAGCAUAUCACGAAUCUAAAGAGCUUGGCAAGCAUGGUGGAAAGCUGUGAAGAAGAAUUUUUGAAGUUUGAUCUUGAAUGUGAGCAGAUUGUGGUCUUACAGACUCAGAAGGCAAAGGCUGCAACUAAAGACAUUCUUGCGAUGCAUUGUAUCCCUUCAGCCAUGUCCGAUGAUCUUAAGACAUGAAAGCCAACUGUUAAGGUUUGGAAGUCCUUAGCCCACAAUAGUUUCUUCUAGUUUUCCUAUCCAAUUUUGCUCUCUCAUCUCUUUUAUAUAUGCUUAGUUUACUUACAACUUACAAGUCAAGUGAUGGGGUCUUUGAAAGUAUGUACCUGUCUGAAUCUUAAGAUGGUAAAGAAUCUCGAUGCUAAAAUAAUGCCGAUAUUAUUUUGUCAGUGGACUCGAGAUUAUUUCGUCAAAGUUCUUCCACAAGAACUACAUUUUGUAGAAUUUCAUCUCGCUGUAGAAAUUGGAAAUUGCAUUCUGAAAUUCGUCAGCAGGAGGAUUUUGAGGCUAAGAAAGAAGAUUGUAGCUUAUGUUUCUUUUUAGAUUUUACCUUCUGAUAUUUGGAUUUAACCAUGCUCUACAAAUAUGUUACAGGAGAGAGAAUUACUUUCUCCAUACCGAAUCAUAACUGUAUAUUAGACUUCUGUUUACAUAAGAGAGAAUUACUCUGCAUACUA